AUGCCCUCAUCAUCAUCAACCUCCCCGACGUCCACCUCCGCGUCUACCAUUGCGCCCGAAACCCUCGAGUCCGACCUCCUCACUCACCUCGCCUCCACCUCCGCAUUGGAAGACCUCCACGCGACCCUCCUCUGCUCGCUACAGCGCCUAGGCUGGACCGAGAAAAUCCGCUCGUUAUCGCAGGAGUUACUGCGCGCUGGGCGCUGUGAGCGAUUCGACGAGGUAGUCGAGGCGGUGGUCGCCUCAGCGGAGGGGAGGAAACAUCCAGUCUUGCUGAUGGAGGAAGGGAAGCCUGACGAUGAUGGCGGUGAGGGUGGUCUGUUCGAUAACGUCGAUGUGCGCAUCCCCGAAGCGGUGGUGGAGCAGGGUGUUCGCGCCAUCAAGGAGGUCUUGAGAGAGGUCGUUAUCUUGGAAGAUGAUGCGGAUACCACAGGGAGGGAUGGCUCAACUCAGAAUCUAAACCCGAAUCUGAAUCAGAAUGCCAGCGCUGCAGAGAAACAGGGGGGUGUCGGCGCCACAGAGAAAGACAAAGAUAAAAAGUCCUCGUCGUCCAAGUCGGGAGGAGACCCGCCACUCAAAAAUGGUGAUACAAGUCCGGUUAAGAAACUAGAGAAGAAGCCUAAACCUGGUAAGCAAUCUAAAUAA